AAUUUGUCUCAAUUAUGGAGUUUGGCUUCUGUGAAAGUCUUGAAUCUGUCAUUUUGCAAUCUAUCAGAUAAUUCAUUUCCCAGAGGUCUUAGUGGCUUACCAAAUUUAGAGAUGUUGCUUCUAAGAGGAAACACUUUUCAUUGCUUACCAACUUGUAUAUCCCAAGUGCCGAAGUUAAAGAGCUUGAUGUUUCUGAAUGUGAUCUAUUUGACACAUCAGGUGCCGUGGUCGUUGCAAGCCCCUCAUUGCAUAAGUUGAAUUUUAGCUAAAACUACUUCUGCAGCCUACCAGUUGAUCUUACUUCCCUACCUCUUAAAACCCAAGUGAACAUUCAUGAGUGCAAGAAUCUCCAAUCAAUAGAAGCUGAAUCACACACAGAGUUAAGCGCACCCAAUUGCACAUCUUUGGAAAAAGUAACAUUCAAGGGAGGACUUAAAUUUAGAAGAAAGCCUACCAGGUAAGGCAGUUCCAAGCUGAAACCUUUAACUAGCAAUCAACUUGCUAAGUUAGAGAACUUGUUCAAAUUGAAGUCUUUGCUAAACAAGCGGAUGUGUUUUACAAUCUCCUCACAAACUUGGAUCAAGGGUCGUCCCAUUCAGGGGUUGUCUGAUGAUGGGUGUCGGAUUUAUAGCAUUUUUCUCCCGGCAGGAAUGAUUCCAGAUUGGUUUAAUCAUCAGAAUACUGGUGGAAGCAUGGUUGUAGAUGUGCCUCAACUUUCGAGUAGAACUUUCCAAGGCCUUGCAGCAUGUGUUGUUUAUUAUUCUGUGAAAGAUGUUGAUUCAGGACAUCCAACUUUCUGUAUAACAAUGGAGGAUAUCAAUUCCUCUGGUUACUACUACAAGUACAUUCCCAUGUUCAUUGGGUACCAUGAUAACAAUGGAGGAUAUCAAUUCCUCUGAGUGAUCAGAAUGGAAUCUUUUAGAGGACAAGGCGGCAUUCAGACGCUGCUAUCUGCAGAGCAGGAGGCUCAACAUAUUGUUUCCAAAGCUAGAAACUCCAAGUUAGCAAGGUUAAAGCAAGCUAAGGAUGAGGCUGAAAGGGAUGUGGCUCUUUAUCGAUCCAAUAUGGAAUCUGAAUUCCAAAAGAAAAUCUUCGAGUCGAGUGGGAGCUCUGGAGAUACUUUGAAAAGACUGGAAGAGGAAACUGAAAUGAAGAUUCAAAAUUUGGAGCAAUCAGCAUCAAUGGUCUCCAAAGAUGUUGUUGACAUGCUUUGCGCUCUAUUUCCCCUUGUCAGGUGGGAACCAAAUAGUUGUGGUUAUCAUGGAGACGAUGGAUUUCUUUAUCGUGGACGAGGGAAAGGGGAGCCUUUUGGCCCAACCUAUACCACAGGAGAUACAGUUGGAGGCGGCAUAAACUAUGCUGCUCAGGAAUUCUUUUUCACUAAAAAUGGAGAAAUAGUUGGGAACGUGUACAACGAUUUGAAGGGUCCCUUGUUUCCUACAGUUUCAGUUCACAGCCAAAAUGAGGAGGUUCAUGUCAACUUUGGGCGAAAAAAAUUUGCUUUUAGUGUUAAGGAAUAUGAAGCUCAAGAAAGGAUGAAGCAACAGAUGACAAUUGAAAAGAUAUCUUUACCACCAAAUAUUAGUUAUGGACUUGUUCGCUCCUACCUAUUGCAUUAUGGCUAUGAAGAUACACUCAAGUCCUUUGACUUAGCUAGUAAAAGCUCUGUCCCUCCUGUCUUUGUUGCUCAAGAAAAUGGCUUUGAUGAACAGGACAUUUGCUAUGCCCUAAAUCAGAGGAAGACUCUUCGACAGCUAAUCAGGAAUGGUGAGAUUGAUGCUGCAUUUAGUAAGCUUCGUGAUUGGUAUCCCCAGAUUGUUCAGGAUGACAAAUCAGCUACUUGCUUUCUGUUGCACUGUCAAAAGUUCAUAGAAUUAAUUCGGGUUGGAGCCCUGGAGGAGGCUAUCAAGUAUGGAAGGGUUGAAUUGAUAAGAUAUUAUGGGUUGGCUGGGUUUGACGAUUUAGUUAAGGAAUGCGUUGGUCUGCUGGCGUAUCGACAACCAGAGGAAUCCCCUGUCGGAUAUUUUCUUAAAGAAUCACAACGUGAGGUGGUGGCAGACACUGUUAAUGCGAUGAUCUUAUCAACUAAUCCGAAUGCGAAAGAUAAUCAAGGUUGCUUGCACUCGUAUCUUGAGAGGCUGCUAAGGCAGCUAACUGCAUGUUGCCUGGAAAGACGGUUGCUGAAUGGAGAUCAGGGAGAAGCUUUCCAUCUCCACCGGGUGCUUAACUGUGACAAAAAGACCAAGUGCUAGCCCAUUUGUAAACUGGACCUCAUCGACUCAUCUCGCGACCUUUACAAGCAAGCAGAUUGGUGUAAACCAAGUGGAGUCACCCUGGCAUUCUUCGAUACUCAAUAAUGCUGGAUUGGGGUGUUCUCUAUGUGCCUGUAACUUUUGAAUUCAAUUUCUACCCGGUGCUGGUUCUUGUUUGAAUACUCGGCCUAUACUAUAACUCAAAGGUUCUUAUUGUACGUACAGUGCUCUUAUAGGAACUUGUAUUUGGCAAGACUUUUGGCUUUUGGUACAAUUCGGUUCACAUAAAAGAACAUGUUGACAUGGCCCUUCCGAUGAGAUUAUGUGC